UUUGGGUAAAAGUACAGAGUUAGAAAAACAUGAAUGAAAGAGAAAUAUGUUGAAUGGAAGAAAUCCAAAAUUUUCAUCAGAAGACUUAUAUUUUACGUUACAUCAGUUAAUGACUCUUAAUACAAGUAUAUAUUAAAGUAAUCGUAACUUUAACUCAAUAAAUUGAGAAUUAUGCAUUUUGUUCACAACACGAAAUGAUAGUGUUUGCUUAGAUUAGAGGGUUGAGUCGUGGAGUACGGUAUUACUGUUUUAAGAUCUUAAAUUGUUUUUAAAAAAUGCCUGUAAUUUUGGUUACAAAUUCUGUUGAGUGUGAAGUUGGUGCUAAUGAACCCUGGCCUGAGGAUGUAAAAUUGUUUCAACCAUUUGAAACUGAACAGAUUUUACUGCCUGAUAAUGCUAGUUGUCUGUCAGUGCAAGCAUUUUUAAGAAUGUGUAACUUAAAGUAUGAAGUUGUUUAUAAAAAGAAUGCAGAAAAUAUGUCUCCAUCAGGGCGAGUACCAUUCAUAAAAUGUGGUGCCUUCAUCAUAUCUGAGUUGGAACCUCUCACAAGUUUUGUUGCAAAUAAAGGAAUCAGUCUCACUGGGGGUCUGGACAAUGUACAGAAGGCUGACAUGAGAGCUUACAUGUCUUUAAUCAUCACAGUCCUGGCAAAUGCUGAGAACUAUCUGACCUGGGUGGACAGAGACACGUACAAUCAAGUGACAAAGGUGAGGUAUGGGUCUGUGCAUCCUUGGCCUCUGAACUGGCUGCUGACGCGACAGAAACGUCACAUGAUCCUCAAGAGGCUCAAUGCCCUUGGGUGGCUGGACAAGACUAUUGAGCAGGUUUAUGACGAAGUGGAUUCCUGCUGUACUGCCUUAUCAGAGAGACUGGAUGACAAUAAGUACUUCUUUGGGGACAAACCCACAGAACUGGAUGCAAUGGUGUUUGCUCAUGUCUUCACAAUCCUUACCACGCCCUUGCCAAGUAAUCAAUUUGCCACCACCAUACGAUGCUAUCCCAAAAUCAUCGAGCACUGCCAGAGAAUUGAAAAGGAAUUUUUCAGUGGACAGAAUUCCAAUAAAAUUUAGUUUUAAUACCCAACUGUAACUGCUCUUAUAGUCAUUAACACAUUUACUGUGGUACACAUCAUACGGCAUUCUAUAGUAGAUUGCCUCAUGGAAUUAUAUCAGCGGGCAGGAUAUAGAGCCGCAGAGAAGGUGUUAAUGGUAAACUAAGUUACCACACAAAAUGCAGGUAUUUUUUUAUAACAACUGAUGUACAUAGCAUAAGUAGUUUGUGUUUCAUACUCUUGUUUAGCUUAAGCUUACAAUUUCAUGUUACAGAGAAUCAACUUGCUAUUUAGACAAUAAAAUCAUAGUUUUGAGAA